UUUUCCCGAAGGCGGUGGUAGUGGAGGGAAGUUCAAAAUAGUUAAAUGUAGUUGAUAUAAGAACUGGAACCGAAUUAAAAGCAUGGUUAACACCUCCACGCAUUUCCCGGGAGUCUAAUGCAACGCGCGUUUGCAUGUUAUCGGUAGGAGGAAAAUGUUUUUCCAGCUCUCGUAAAGCCUGCGGAAGAUGACUAUGCUGCAAUGCCCUUUCGCUGGCUUCAGCGACCCCGACAGUCAGCCUGCCCUGCCACCGGGUCCAUCCGCCGCGGGCUACGGCACCCCGCUGAAGAAAUGUCCGGAGCUGGACCUCUCCAUCACAUCCACCCCGGAGCGUCUCGUACCGGUAGACUCCGGCAUCCUGCGCAAAAACAGAGGUGUCAAACCGCCAAGUAGACAGGUGCACUUUGAGGAGCAGGGGUCCAAGGGGAAGGAUGUGAGUCCCCAGAGAGCGUGCCCAGUGGAGCGCAUCACUGUCCUCACAGUCACCGCACUCGAGAAACCCACCAGCAGUGAUCGGAGAGGUAAGAAAAAAAAGUCCAGCAGCGGCAAAGGAAAGUCAGACCCAGAUGCUGAUCCAGCAGCAGGGCCCGCCCCGGCCGCCCUUCCUGCCCUGUCAUUGGCUGAGCCGGGUGACGGACAGCUGCUGGAGUCGGCCCAGCUGCACUCCACACUGGCCCUGCAGGCGGAGCUGGAGAGGGUGAAGCUGGAGGAGUUUAACCCCCGCAGGGCCAUGGAAGAGAAGCUGCAGACCUCCACACACACCAGGAACCAGAUCAAUGCCAAGGCAGCAGAGGGUGUGAACUUCCCCCAGGGUCAGCAGCUAUACCACGGCCUGGUCAGCGUCAGCCUAUCGCACGAGCAGCUCAUAAGCCACGCCCUCCGACACAGGCCACCGCUGGCCCCACCCAUCCGUAGCCACAGCAACAAGCCUCCCCAGGCCCCAUCAGAGGCUCCCGACCUGCUUGCCUUCUACAGCCCAGGAGAGUUGCUACGAGAAGCACCUCUGUUGCCAGGCAACCAAGUGCCUUUGCCACGCCCUCGGACCAAGCCCCGCCCCGCCCAUGCCACCUUUGACCUUUACCAGAGGCAAAGACAGUGGGAGGCUUAACACCCCCCCCUUCAUUCUUUCAUUACUUUCUUUUCAUUUCACAGACUUUAUUUUGACAUUAGCAUUUUUAAAUACAUAGCUUUGUGUGUGUUUGUUUGCUUGUUUAAUUUCU